GAAGCUACAUAUGCCCAGCUGGGGCACAACCUCAGCUGAUGCCCCAGAGAGGCCACCACCCAUCUCAGGAGAGGCUUUGGGUCCUGCCCUCUCUCCUCAUGGCACAUGGGCCAGGACCUGAAGCUGAGGGAUUGCUGGACCUCAGCUUCCUGACGGAGGAGGAGCAGGAGGCCAUUGCUGAUGUCCUCAAACGAGAUGCCCACCUGCGCCAGCUUGAGGAAGGGAGGGUCAGCAAGCUCCGAGCCUCGCUGGCAGACCCCUGGCAGCUGAAGAUCCUGACAGGGGACUGGUUCCAAGAAGCUCGCUCCCAGCGGCAUCACCAUGCCCACUUUGGUUCUGAUCUUGUCAGGGCCUCUAUCCGCCGGAAGAAGGGCUCCAGGGGGGACCAGGCUCUGGGAAGUAAUGGUGAUGCAGAGGCUGCUGGGAAAGAUGCCACUGAAGAAGAGCUGGAGCCCAGGGUCUCCACAGAGGUGGCUGCUCCAGAGAGUCACAGUGAGAGCCACGGACCUGAUUUCCCCUCACCGUAUGUACCCUCAAAGGCUUCAGGUCAUGAAGAGGAGCCCCAAGCCCAGGAAGGUGAGGGCACGGGUGUGCUGGGGGAACAUAAGAGAUUGAGGGGAUCAGAAGCAAUUUUUAAUGACUCCCACCUACCAUGUACCACUUUCCUCUUCUUCCUGGGUCCUCCCACUUGGCCUCCAGGGGCACCCUCAGGUCACCCCUGGGGCCUGAAGCUGACUAGCAUUGUGAACAAGCCCCACCAGGUUUGCUUAGGGACACAUAGGAGAGGGGGCUCUUUCAGCACCAUGUACCCCACUCCAGCCCCUGGCCAAGGGGGUGUGCAGGUGGCAGAGGCUGACCCAGAGCUGGAUCCUGAACCGAGGGCAGAGCAGGAGUCACUGCCAUCACCAAACCAGACCAAGCCGAUCUCCCCGAUCCUGGAGAACGGAGAAGAGGUCGCGGGGCUUGGCCCCUCACUCGACCGCAUGCUCAGCAGCGGCUCCUCUGUGUCCAGCCUCAAUUCCUCCACGCUGAGCGGCAGCCUGAUGAGCCUGUCCGGGGAGGCGGAGGCGGGCACGGUGCAGGUUCGCGGCUCCUUGCACUUCAAGCUGCACUACGACCCUGGCACUGCCGAGCUGCGAGUACAAGUGAUCCAGUGCCAGGGCCUGGCCGCCGCCCGGCGUCGCCGCUCCGAUCCCUACGUGAAAAGCUACCUCCUCCCGGAUAAGCAGAACAAGCGCAAGACGUCGGUGAAAAAACGGAAUCUGAACCCGAUCUUCAAUGAGACUCUGCGGCAUUCAGUCCAGCAGGCUGAUCUGCCAGGCCGUGUGCUGAGCCUGUCCGUGUGGCACCGCGAAAGUCUGGGGCGCAACAUCUUCCUGGGAGAGGUCGAAGUGCCCCUAGACACGUGGAACUGGGACUCUGAGGCUACCUGGCUCCCGCUGCAGCCCCGGGUUCCCGCCUCUCCAGACGAGCUUCCUAGUCGUGGACUGCUCUCUCUGUCCCUCAAGUACGUCCCUGCCGGCUCAGAGGGAGGAGGCCAGCCUCUGAGUGGGGAGCUCUACUUCUGGGUAAAGGAAGCUCAGGGCCUUGUGCCACUGCGGCCAGGAACCCUGGACACCUACAUACAAUGCUCAGUGCUGCCUGACGACAGCCGGGCCAGCCGCCAACGUACAAGAGUGGUUCGGCGAAGCCUCAGCCCCGUGUUCAACCACACCAUGGUUUAUGACGGCUUUGGGCCUGCUGAUCUACGCCAAGCUUGUGCUGAGCUCUCUCUGUGGGACCACGGAGCCCUGGCGAAUCGCCAGCUGGGGGGCACACGCCUCAGCCUUGGUACCGGCAGCAGCUAUGGACUCCAGGUGCCCUGGAUGGAUUCCACACCAGAGGAGAAGCAGCUGUGGCAGACACUCCUGGAGCGGCCAUGUGAGUGGGUGGAGGGCCUUCUGCCCCUCAGAACCAACCUGGUCCCCAGGGCAUAGCUCUGUCAAACUGCUCUGCAGGCCACCACCUAAAACACACCCUUGGCUGGAGUCAAUAAAGUCUGUUUGCCGAGCUACUGUCUACUGAACAGGAGAUGAGGUCUGGGUGGUAAGGAAUGAAAGAGCCAAGAGAAUGAAAAAGGGUCACUCCGACCUGGAGACUUCAAAGGGCUGCUCCU